AUGUCAUUCACUCAAGACCGGCCAUCCACUGAUGACUUGCCAUUAUUGGCUUCCGACAGAUCUAGAGAUUCCAGUCUGCCCGCUGGCGUCUUUUGUGCCCAACAAUCUCAUAAUAACUCUGUGCGACUGAAAUCUUCACUCAAAGCCGGCCAUCUAUUGAUGACUUGCCAGUAUUGGCUUCCGACAGAUCUAGUAUUCCCA